AUGAAGCUUCUCAGCCAAUCCUUCGAAAAGGAUAAAAGUGGUUCAACUACAUUAGUCCCACAAGAUAAAGAAGAUUUAUGGCAACUAUACAACUUGAUUCAAAAGGGUGAUGAAAUAAAGUUACCAACUCAUAGGAACGUGAAAAAGGUGACCAGCGGUGGUGGAAGUGGAGGAAAGGACAAAGGAAAGGCAGACAGAAAACUACUUACCUUGAAGAUGUCGGUAGAAGAUAUUGAAUAUACUCCUUCUGAUGAGGUAAUGAGAAUAAGAGGGAGGACUGUGGAACCAAAUGAAUAUGUCCCAAUUCAAAGUUAUCAUACGGCUGAAGUCCAAUUUGACAAGAAAUUCACACUUAUCAAACCGGAUUGGGAUGAGAUAAGUUAUGGAAUUAUUGUAAGUGCCUGCUCAAUCGAAGAAAAAGCAGAAGUAGGGGCAGUGAUCAUGGAAGAAGGUGUUGCACAUUUGUGUCUUGUUACGGACAACAUGACUGUUUUAAGAAACAAAAUUGAAAAAUCAAUUCCACGUAAAAGAAGAGGAGAAGGAGGAGGAGGUAACCAUGAUAAAGCCAUGGAAAAAUUUUUGAACAUGGUACUGUCUACAAUGCUCAGGAAUUUUGACUUGACUAAGUUAAAGGCCAUUAUUUUGGCAUCUCCAGGGUUUACCGCAAAUGCAUUAUAUCAGAAUACUAUAAAUCAAGCCAUUCAAGAGGAAAACAAGUUGGUUAUCCAGAAUAAAUCAAAAUUCAUGGUUGUCCACUCAUCCACGGGUUAUCUUCAGGGGUUAGAAGAAAUUUUGAAGGACCCAUCCAUUCAAAAACAAUUGAGCAAUACUAAAUUUGCUAGGGAGGGAGCAAUUUUUGAAGAGUUUCAGAGGGUCCUAAAUAAUGAUGACGAUAGAGCGUGGUAUGGUCCACUGGAAGCCACUAAAGCGGUUGAACUAGGUGCCAUUAAAUACUUUAUGAUUACCGAUACUCUUUUCAGAAGUGAUGAUAUCGCUGUAAGAAAGCAUUAUAUCAAAUUAACAGAAGAAGUGAAACGCCAAGGUGGUGAGGUGCUAAUAUUUUCGAGUUUGCAUGAAUCUGGUGAACAAUUAGACCAAUUAACCGGUGUGGCGGUUUUGCUCAAUUAUCCUGUUGCAGAUCUCGAUGAAGACGAAGAAGAAUAA